AAUGGCUGACUGAGCAGCAAAAUGCCAAAGUUCACUUUUAACUGUAAACAUAUACGCUUGUUGUCCUUCGUUUCACUUGUUGGAUUACUGUCUGUUGAGAAAGAUUACAGGAGUCGUCAAGUUUUCUGCAGUGUUUUCCCGGUGUCUUUUGCUGGAAUGGCCAGGCUAAGUGGCGUGGGGGGGCUUAGCCCCAAAACAAAGACCACCAGCACAGACAAUUCCACUGCUGACAGAUUACAAAAAUAUCUACAGAUUGACACUUCUAUGUAGAAACACCUGCAUAGCUGCUUGAAAAAGAGAAUUGAACAUGCAGCAAAUUUGUUCCUGAUAUUCUGGACCAAACUGGUCCUCCAACAGAGAUCACUUGUGCAGUUGUUAGCUUUCAUUCAGUCAACAUUUCUUCUUUUUGGACCCCCUAAUAUUUUACAUUCCAUCCAUCAAAUAAUACCUCCUUCUCUCCCUCUUUCCAUUCAGUCAUCAGUCAGGGUAUUUAGUGCUGCACAGCUUGAUAUGGAGAGCAGGUAAUGGAUGAUGCUGGCCAUGGUGACCUAGUGUAAAUGGCUAUUUCUCAGCACAGCUCAGUGCCAGUAUCUACUACUCGAUUUUCCUCCUAUACUCCCCCAUACUCUCAUCCCUGCUCCACCUCUCUGCUCUCCUGCCUUGUUCACAGCUGCUUCUUAUUGCCCAGUCCUGCCUCUCCCCUCCAACACAAUGGUAGGUGCAGGCUUGGGUGUUUGGAAGCUAAUGCGAGGUGUCCGUCAGCUGGAGCUGCACCGCCUCAUCCUGGCACUUAUCAUCUUCUGCUUACUGUCCAUGGCCUUUCUAGCUUACUAUGUCUCCAACAGUCCCAAAAUCAAAGAGGCCCCACCAUUACCCUUUAGUGACUGUGGUGGAGGAGGGGGGAUGUCACUGGGAGGAAGUAUGGGAGCUGUCGGAGGAGGGCCAGGUGUCCAAAGGGCACCACUUUUCCUUCCUCCACGCCAGGGCCGAUUACGACAGGUGAAGGCUGUGGACAAUUCCAGAACAGAGCCAGUAGUUCUGGUGUUUGUAGAGAGCAUCUACUCCCAACUGGGCCAGGAGAUUGUAGCCAUAUUAGAGUCAAGCCGCUUCCACUACCGGACAGAAAUAGCUCCUGGUAAAGGAGAUAUGCCUACACUGACAGAGCAUAACCGUGGACGAUACACAUUGAUCAUCUAUGAAAAUGUAUUGAAAUAUGUCAAUCUGGAUGCAUGGAACCGUGACUUGCUGGACAAGUAUUGUGCUGAGUAUGGAGUUGGUGUCAUUGGCUUUUUUAAAGCUAAUGAAAACUCUCUUCUCAGUGCACAACUCAAAGGUUUCCCCCUCUUUCUACACUCACACCUGGGACUCAGGGACUACCGUAUCAACCCCAAUGCUCCUCUACUCUACAUCACCAAGCCCAACCAAGUAGAGCAGGGCUCUUUACCAGGGGAUGACUGGACCAUUUUCCAGUCGAACCACUCUACCUAUGAACCAGUGCUUCUGGCCAGCACCAAGUCCUCUGAAGCACUGGCACAUUUUGGGCCCAGCCCAUUACGGGCCCUUCAUGCUACUGUGGUCCAGGACUUGGGGCUCCAUGAUGGCAUUCAAAGAGUUCUCUUUGGGAAUAAUCUCAACUAUUGGCUUCACAAGCUUGUGUUUGUAGACUCCAUUGCCUACCUGACAGGGAAGAGACUGUGUUUGUCCUUGGACCGCCACAUCCUGGUGGAUGUGGAUGAUAUAUUCGUUGGCAAGGAGGGAACUCGUAUGAAGGUGUCAGACGUGGAGGCAUUGCUCACCACACAAAACAAGCUGAGAGCACUGGUCCCUAAUUUCACCUUCAAUUUGGGAUUUUCUGGAAAGUUCUAUCACACAGGUACUGAUGAAGAGGAUCGGGGAGAUGACAUGCUGCUGCAACACAGGAUGGACUUCUGGUGGUUUCCUCACAUGUGGAGUCACAUGCAGCCUCACCUUUUUCACAAUGUCAGUGUCUUGGCUGAGCAGAUGAGGCUUAACAAGAUCUUCGCUCAGGAGCAUGGCAUUCCAACAGAUAUGGGCUAUGCAGUGGCUCCUCACCACUCUGGCGUUUACCCAGUUCACAGCCAGCUCUAUGAGGCCUGGAAGUCUGUGUGGGGCAUCAAGGUGACCAGCACUGAGGAAUAUCCUCAUCUGAGGCCAGCUCGAUACCGACGUGGCUUCAUCCACAAUGGGAUCCAGGUGUUGCCCAGACAGACCUGUGGUCUGUUUACCCAUACAAUCUUCUAUAAUGAAUACCCGGGAGGCUCUAAGGAGCUGGACAAGAGCAUCAGAGGAGGAGAACUCUUCCUCACUGUACUACUUAACCCUAUCAGUAUCUUCAUGACACACCUGUCUAAUUAUGGCAAUGAUCGACUGGGUCUGUACACCUUUGAGUCUUUGGUGAAGUUUGUCCAGUGUUGGACCAACCUCAGGCUGCAGACCUUGCCCCCUGUCCAACUCGCUGAGAAAUACUUCCAGAUCUUCCCUGAGGAGAGAGACCCACUCUGGCAGAACCCUUGUCAUGACAAGAGACACAAAGAUAUCUGGUCUAAAGAAAAGACCUGUGACCGACUACCCAAAUUCCUCAUCAUUGGACCACAGAAAACGGGCACUACAGCGCUUCAUUCAUUCCUAAGCCUCCACCCAGCAGUCACAAGUUCGUUCCCCAGCCCCACCACCUUUGAGGAAAUCCAGUUCUUCAGUGGAUCAAACUAUGACAAUGGGAUUGACUGGUACAUGGACUUUUUCCCAUUCCCCUCCAAUGUCAGCACAGAUUUCAUGUUUGAAAAGAGUGCAAACUACUUUGACACAGAGGCUGCGCCUAAGAGAGCUGCUGCCCUGCUUCCCAGAGCCAAAAUCCUGGCAGUGCUUAUCAACCCUUCUGACAGGGCAUACUCCUGGUACCAGCACCAGAGAGCCCACCAGGAUCCUGCAGCCCUCAACAACACUUUCCAUGCAGUGGUGACAGCGGGCCCCUUUGCCCCCAGGGAGCUGCUGGCCCUUCAGAGGCGCUGCCUUAAUCCCGGGGCCUAUGCUUCUCACCUGGAGCGCUGGCUGCAACACUACCAGCCCAACCAGUUGCACAUUGUGGACGGCGCCCUGUUGCGGUCUAACCCAGCGCUGGUGAUGGAGGGAAUUCAGAGAUUCCUCGGUGUCACUCCCAUCUUCAAUUACACCCAGGCUCUGAUGUUUGAUGACAGCAAAGGUUUCUGGUGUCACAGAGUGGAAGGAGGUCGAGCUAAAUGUCUGGGGAAGAGUAAGGGAAGGAAGUACCCAGAGAUGAGUCCUGAGUCACGUGCCUUUCUGACAGAGUACUACCGCGAGCACAGCAUGGAGCUGCUGCGUCUGCUGAAUCGGUUGGGCCAACCGCUGCCGUCCUGGCUUCGCCACGAACUCCAGAGCACAAGCUGGAGCUGAAGCCACAAACACACACACACACACACACACACACACACACACACACACACACACACACACACACACUCCACAGAAAGGCCACGACUGGAAUCUGUGGAUGAGCCAACUCUUGGCUCUGGAUUAGAGACUACCUGAUCUGGAAUCAACAGUAACACACGCUAGCUACAAGGUUUUAGCUGAUGUUCCUGUUCCAUAGAAAAGAAGACCGUACAACAUGUGAUCUCUCCUCCGGUGUUAGUCACUGUUGGAGAAGGAUCCCAGGGGACUCUCCAUCCUACUCCUGAAUGGUUGCCAUCGUCCCACGAGAACUGGGCAGCCCUCAGCCUCAGUCAGUGCAUGUUGGACACUGUAACACAUAAGUUUGCUGUGGAUCCAGGGGGCUGGGUGACCAGCAGGUUUGGGGCAUAAAGAACAGGUCAAACAACCUUAAAUGAAAGGAGGAUGUAGGACAAACAUGCACAAACAAAAACUCAAUUUAAUUUUAUUUAUAAAGCCCAAAUCUCAAAUUGCCUCAGAGGGCUUUACAGCAUACGACAUCCCUCUGUCAUUAGUCCCUCACAUCAGAUAAAGAAAAACUCUCCCAGAAAACCCUUUAAUGGGGAAAAAAUGCUAGAAAUCACAUGAAGAGCAACUGAGGAGGGAUUCCUCUUCCAGGACGGACAGACAUACACAUCUCAUCUUUCCACAAGAAUGAUUGUGAAGCGUUUUCAACAGCAGGUGUAUAUGUUAGGUUUGAGGGGCAGGUGGGAUACAAACUGGCCGUCAGCAUGAAGCAGACAGACAGGCCAUAUCCUGCUCCAGGUUUAUCUUUUGCACACACAUCUACCUGCAGUUUCAGCCAACAGUCGGGGUGCUACAUUCCCUCUUAUCCUCACAGUUAUCCAAUCUGUUAACUGUCGUUACAGAUAUUUUACAGUGGAUUUAGCUAUUAUGAUGACAGGUCAUUGUAAAUAUGGGAUCAGUUUAGAUUUGGUCCAAGACAAAAGCCCAGGUGUGGUCCAGGUUCUGCCUCUCACUGAGCAUCUUAAUUACACUUUGUGUAUUCAUUAAGGUCCAAAUUGUUAUAGAAGAAUGACAGAUUGUUCCUUACAUGGGUUAUGGACUCCCACCAGUUUUCAUUUAGGGUCACUUACAUACUGACUUUUAACCCAUGUAGCAUAGUUACCAUGGACACCAUCCAUGUUUUGAAAAAUGGAGGGAAACAUGGAGCAUGCUGCUGAGCGUAGGUUGUGUUGUAGAACUAGAUUUUACUGCAUUAUAUAGGAAGAGAGAAAAGAGCAUCACAGAGAAUGUUUUAUUGAAGGCUUAUGCCCAAACAUCCCUUACCAAAUCCUAGGUAAACCUCAUGUUAGCUAGCUCAGCACACUUUGUAGUGCUACUGGGUAUGGCUUGCAUUUUUAGACCCAGAGCCAAUACAUGUAUUCAUAUAGCCCAAUAUUCAAAUGUAUACUUAGACACACUUAUGAAAAAACAUCACAUAUGAAUAAAAUAAAAUAAUAGAUAAUAAGAAUUAAAAUAAUUAAAUAAAAAUCUACAAAGAAUAGAUCAGAGGCAGGAUUUGUCAUGUUAUACAAUAUUGUUUUUAAAGUUCCCAUAUGAUGCUCGUUUUUAGGUUCAUACUUGUAUGUUGGAUUUCUAUUAGAUCAUGCCUUAAUGUUCAAAAAACAAACUGUUUUCCUCAAAUUGUCUGCCUGAAUUUACCUGGAUCCAUCCUUUGUCUGAAAGGCUCCAGUACUCUUUAAGCCGCUUUCCCAGAAAAGCCCAGUCUGCUCUGACGGGUCAGUGAGUGAUUAUUAGGUUUGAUAAUAUUAGCCAACUAUUUAGAGAAGAGAUGGGAUAAAUUCUAAUGGUAGGAUAUAAGGAGUUUCAAGUGACUGAAGUAAUGAAGAUAUUGUAUCCCGUAACCAAGACGGGCAAGAUGAUGGUGUUGAUAACUCAUAUCUCUCUGAGAUAUCCUUGAGCAAUGUGACCUUAAAUUACAUUUUUGUACUAUUGGACCAGAACAUGAAAGUUUGGGUUUCAGUUCUUUAUAAUGUAAUAUAAUUUAUUUUCAAAGUGUUAGAGAUUGGUUAUUUGGGGUAUCGAGUGUGGAGGUAAAACAGUUGCUUUGUGCUCCAGUUGGAGGCUUUCUCCUUGCAACAGCUGCUGAGGGUCAUGGGUACUGUAGUAAGGUAAGGUAGAUUUAUUGGUCAUUUUUUAAACAAAGUUUGAAAAACAAAAUUCCAU